AGCCGCGUGGCCUGGUGAGAAGUAAAAGAUUUUGACUCAAGAGUCAGAUGAUUGGAGUUACGAAAGAAGAAAAACACGAAACUGUAGCGAUAGCUCUUGUCAGUUAGUUCUUACUCUUACUCCUUCGGUUCCUACUACUACUCCUAGGGUUUCAAUUGUUUUUGGUUGCAACAAUCUUGGAGAAAAUGUCUCAGAUCAGAGCAUCCUCUUCUCUCAUCCGACGACUCAAACAACGAUUCGUAAAUCCAGCUGUGUUAAUUCAUACUACAUCUUUUACUACCGCAGAAGGACAUCGCCCCAUCAUUGUACAUAAGCGUAGUCUUGAUAUUCUUCACGAUCCUUGGUUCAACAAGGGAACCGCAUUUUCCAUGACGGAACGAGAUCGUCUUGAUCUUCGAGGACUUCUUCCUCCAAAUGUCAUGUCUCGAGAACAACAAAUUGCGCGCUUCAUGGCUGACUUGAAGAGGCUUGAGGUGCAUGCAAGAGAUGGACCUUCUGAUCCAAAUGCUCUUGCCAAGUGGCGGAUACUUAACCGAUUGCAUGAUAGAAAUGAGACAAUGUACUAUAAGGUUCUAAUUGCCAACAUUGAGGAAUAUGCACCUGUAGUUUAUACCCCAACUGUAGGUCUUGUUUGUCAGAACUACAGUGGUUUGUUUAGAAGACCAAGGGGAAUGUAUUUUAGUGCUGAAGAUCGCGGAGAAAUGAUGUCAAUGGUUUACAACUGGCCUGCUGAUCAGGUUGAUAUGAUUGUUGUUACGGAUGGAAGCAGAAUAUUGGGUCUUGGAGAUCUUGGAGUUCAGGGAAUUGGAAUUGCUAUUGGGAAGUUGGAUUUAUAUGUUGCUGCUGCUGGGAUAAAUCCUCAACGGGUGCUACCUGUCAUGAUUGAUGUUGGAACUAAUAAUGAGAAGCUGCUUAAAGACCCCCUUUAUUUGGGCUUGCAAGAACACCGUCUUGAUGGUGAUGAUUAUGUUGCUGUCAUUGAUGAAUUUAUGGAGGCAGUAUUCACUCGUUGGCCACAUGUGAUUGUGCAGUUUGAAGAUUUCCAGAGCAAGUGGGCCUUCAAGCUGUUGCAGCGGUACAGAAAUACCUAUAGAAUGUUCAACGAUGAUGUCCAGGGUACAGCUGGGGUUGCAAUUGCUGGCCUUUUAGGAGCUGUGAGGGCACAAGGAAGGCCAAUGAUUGAUUUUCCAAAGCAAAAGAUUGUUGUUGCUGGUGCUGGAAGUGCUGGCAUAGGGGUUCUGAAUGCUGCCAGGAAGACAAUGGCAAGGAUGCUAGGGAAUACUGAAACUGCUUUUGAUAGUGCACGGAGUCAAUUCUGGGUAGUUGAUGCCAAGGGUCUUAUCACAGACGAGCGUGAAAAUAUUGAUCCAGAUGCCCUGCCUUUUGCAAAGAAGGUGAAAGAAGUUGGUCGUCAAGGAUUAGGGGAAGGCGCAAGUCUUGUUGAAGUGGUGCGGCAAGUGAAGCCUGAUGUGCUUCUUGGGUUAUCUGCUGUUGGAGGAUUGUUUUCGAAAGAGGUGUUAGAGGCUAUGAGAGGUUCAACUUCAACUAGACCAGCCAUCUUUGCAAUGUCAAACCCCACAAAAAAUGCUGAAUGCACACCAGAAGAAGCAUUUUCCAUUGUUGGUGACAAUAUUAUAUUUGCAAGUGGCAGCCCCUUUAAAGAUGUUGAUAUGGGAAAUGGUCAUAUUGGGCACUGCAAUCAGGGAAAUAACAUGUACCUCUUUCCAGGUAUUGGACUUGGUACUCUUUUAUCUGGCUCAAGGAUUAUAUCUGAUGGCAUGCUACAGGCUGCAGCAGAGUGCCUAGCUGCGUACAUGACGGAAGAGGAGGUUCUCCAGGGGAAGAUAUUCCCGUCAAUAUCUAGCAUACGAGACAUAACAAAGAAGGUAGCUGCAGCCGUUGUGAAGGAAGCUAUCGAAGAGGGUUUGGCAGAGGGUUACCGUGAGACAGAUGCCCGAGAGCUGCAAAGACUUAGCCAGCUGCAGGAGGAACUUCUAGAAUAUGUGGAGACGAACAUGUGGAAUCCUGAAUACCCUACAUUGGUUUACAAGGAGGAUUAAUCCACACGACCCAAAAUCCUCACAAGAUAGAUUUGCCCAAGAACAAAAUUUGAACAGUCGACUGAUCUGAAGCAGUUGUCAAGAUCUUUGUACGAGAACAAAAUAACAGACAAAUACUGUUGCCAGAAAUAUGUAAUUGUUGGCAUGGUACUCUUAAAUUGUGUCAAUGCGGCUGUAUCUAAUUCUUUAUUUGUAGAUGUCAACUGACUUUGUUUAUUUUUUUAACUGUUUAGAAUGCACGAGGGGUUUGUGUUCGACAUCAAUCCCGGGGUUGAAUUAAUCUUAAAUUAUAGUUGAAAAA